AUGUCUUGCAUUGGUGCUUUUUCAGCCUACCGAACCGCUAUUGCAGCUCACCUCCCUUUCCCUUACCUGGGCUACUCACACGCGUUCUUGGGCCGCACCCGAGAGCCACACUCACCCGCACUUGGCUCUCCUUGUAUUCUUCUCCUCACUUUUCUGUUUCCUAAUCUUCUGCGUGGUGGUCCCUUCCCUCUCUACUCACCACCUACCCCUACCCCAACAGCGGCACUGACGUCUUUUCUCCGCACCUCUGACGGCGUUUCUGCACUACUCAUGGCAGUCAUCGCCACGCUGCCGGCGGCGAGUUGGACACGCCUGCUGUACAUCUGCAGAGACGUGGUGGCGGCCUGUGAUAGCAAGACGGCGUAUCUCGUCCAGCACAGAGGUGACACCAGGGUCGACGAGGCAACCUGCACAUCCCCAUGCGAGGCGGACCAUUUUGUGCCAUGGCUGCCUCUUGGCGUGCCUGUUGCUGGCGUGCGCACUGUUUGGUGCAUGCGCAAGGGGCAAUCCAAUGUUGUGUUUGCUGAACCAGCCGGCGAGGCCUGUGGAACUGCAGCGACAUCGCCUGACACCGCUGCCAUUGAGAUCAUCUCUGGCUUGGCGGAUAACAUUAUCAGCAUGCACAUCUUCUAUCAGUCGAUUCUUGCCGUGCGUACGCUCAAGCGGGUGCUCUUCUACUCGCUGGACCCGUCCCCUUCAGCGACCACCAUAGCCACACAGAUAGGCGCCUGUGCGCUUCCGAAGUGGGUGAACCAACCGGCGGUGGUAGUGGACAUAGCUUCGCCUUCGUGCUGCUGCGCGACUGCCGAGAAAACUAUUUGCGUUGCGUGCUUCACACUUGGUCGCAUGUUUGUGGCCACAGUCGUGUGCCCCUCCUCUACGUCUGCAGUCGUGGUGCGUCGCACGGCGAUGUCCGGUGUGCUAUUCUCUUCAUCCGGUGUCCCCGAUCCCGCUGCGAUGCGCGUCUGCAAGUGGGCAGUGCGGUGGAGUAGGCAGGAAAUGAUUAUGCUAUGCUUCUCCGAGGUUGAUAGGAUCUCACGUCUCACCGGGUUUUUUCUCCAGCCCACAAGGGGGUGUGAGAUGUCGAAGUGGAUGUCGCCCGAGGAGCUUGCCGCGUCGGUGAGUGGUGCCUCAGCUGCUGUGGUGGGGGCCUCCCGUGACAUGUGCAGUGACAGUGAUGGAGCACACGUGUGGCUGUGUGACACCAGUACUGGUCCCUCGGUCAUUCUACGGGAGGUGACAGCUGCCUCACCGAAUGAGGUGGUGCUGGCGGGCACGAAUGCAAGCCUGCGGGUGGCGAUGGCUGCAGGUGUAAGCGGUGUGUUCGUGCUCUCAGGCUGCACAUUGUAUGCCGUGAAAAGCGGCCACACCGGUACUGCGAGUGCCGGCACUGCUGGCCGCGCAAUCACCGCAGCAGCUGGCGACUUGUCCCGGGAGCAGGAGCGAAGAGUGCAAAAGGAGCCACCAGCAACGGAAGCCAUCACGACUAAGGCUGCGGCGAGCGAGCGAUUCUCGCUGUCUGCGCCCACACCGUCAACACCGUUGCAGCCGGCUGCGUUCACCGCAACGACUGCCGCCUCUCUACCACGCAGCGCACACAUCAAGGACGCCGUGCUGCAGUACGUUAGUGGGGACGCGCCAAUUUUCUCCUACAUCGUGCGCGACGCCGUUUACGUUCACGAAAGCGGCAGCGCCACCUCCGGCAUCGCAUUCUCGCACGAUAUACUGAGCAGAAUCAAUGCGCGAUUUGACGCAGACCGACAUCAGCACGCUCUGGCAUGUAUCCGCUACGCCACCGUGGCGCUGUCACUGCAUCCCUACACCGUACUGGAGCUGCUGCGCUUUCGACGUCGAUCGUCAGUAGAGGUGGCGCCCGAAGGUCUGCUCCUUGCCAUCGCAUCUACUCUAGCCGACAAGCCGACGCUGCAACACGGCGGUCUGCGGCGACUCCCCGCCUUUGACACCGCCUCGACAACUUUUUUUGCCUCGACUGGUGGCGGUGGCCCUUUCACGUCAGAAUUGGAGAAGAAGCGCUACGUCGCGGAUGUCUGUGGGGCCGCGAAGGCUGCCCUGGCGAAUGGGGCUCUUGGCGCAACCCGCCUAUUGUUCACUGUGGCUGCGAGGGCGGUCUCUCUCAUCUACGGCGGCACUCGUAAGCGUCACGUUGGGGCGACUCAGUCGUAUGGGGAGGAAGAGCGGAUGUGCGAGGUGGUCAUCGCCGAGUGCAUCAGUCUUAUCCGCUCCUACGUUGAAUGGUCUCUCACUACCUCCUCCUCUCUGGGUGUCAUGUCCGCACACGUUGGCUCUCCGCACACCUUGACGAAGGAGGCGGCUCUGCGCGACGGCGAGGCUCAUUUCAUCGACACAUCGCGGCAGGUGCAAAUCCACCCCAUGCAGGUGUCGCGGCAGCCCAAGAGGUCCAUCUGA